AUGUAUAAUACUUUCAGAUAUUUGAAGUUAUCAUCUAAAUAUAUUUUAUUGUUAUUGUUUUUUCAAACUUUUGUUUGUUCAUAUGAUUAUUCUACUCAAUCAAGUGAAGAAAAUGAUUUUUUUGUUGAAGCGUAUGAAUUGCUUGAUGAAGGAGAAUAUGAAAAGUCCUUCACAAUUUUGAAGGAUUGUGUUCAUUAUGAUUUAAGAUGUUUAACACUUAUAGGAAAGUUUUACUAUUUAGGAUUAAAACCUGUAGAAAGAGAUGUAUGUAAUGCUUUGUAUAUAUGGAAGGUAUGUUCAGAUUAUGGAAGUUCUGAUGCUCAAUUUUAUUUAGGUGUUAUGUAUUCUAAUUAUUUUUCUUUGCCUAAUUUAUACUCUUAUUAUGAAGAAGAAAAUAGAAUAGAAGAUAACAUAAUUUUAUUUAGAGCUUUUUUAUUUUUAAAGGUAAAAUACUUAGAAAAAGAGAUAGCAGAUUGCAUUUAUGGAAGAAAAGAAAAAUAUGAUAACGAAGAUAAAAAUAGAAAAUUUCGAAGUGUUCCUAUAGUGAAAUUUACUAAUAAGAAUGAGUUAAUAUUAAAAAUAAAAAAUAUAAGAUAUAAUAUAGAUGAAUUAAAACUUUAUUUUAAUAAUUUAAAUAAGUUUUCAAAUAAAAAUGACAAGGGAAAAGAUAGAAAUAUUAAUUAUAAUUAUACAAGAAAUCAUAAUUUAAGCUUAUUAUAUUUUUACAGUAGCAAUUUAGCUAAUCAUCCAGGUAGUAUUUUAGCACUUGGAAUAAAAUACAUGAAUGGUUAUGGAGUAGAAAAAGACUGUGAAGUUGCUUCAAGAUAUUAUUUAAAAUUAACAAAUGAUAUAUUUAAUUCUGAUGAAAAAACAGAAUUUGAAAUAAUUGAUUUAAUACGAUUAAACGUACCAUACUAUGAUAGAUAUAGCAUGAAUAAUAAAAAAAUUAAAAGUAUAGAAAUAUUACUGGAAACUUCUUUGCAUGAUAAUCAUAAAAUAUUAACUAUGAUAGCAAGAAGGUAUUUAAUCGGAAUAGAUGGUGUAAAAAAAGAUUAUAAAAAAGCUCAUAAUUAUUUAACAAAGGCUGCAAAAUAUAAAAACUCAGAAGCUAUAUCAUUAUUAGGAUAUAUAUAUUUACUAGGGUUAGGAGUUAAAAUUGAUUACAAUAGAGCAAUUGAAUAUUUUAUUGAAGGUAACAAAUUAAAAGAUUCUUUAAGUUACAACGGAUUAGGUUAUAUGCAUUUUUUUGGUUUAGGUAAUUUUAAAAGAAAUGAAAACUUAGCAUUUUAUUACUUUGAAUUAGCAGCAAAAGAUAAUUUAUCAUCAGCGCAAUUUAAUUUAGCUUGUAUGUAUUUAAGUGGAAUUGGUACUCCUCAAUCUUUUCAAAGUGCAUUUUAUUGGUUUUAUAAAUCUUUAAAUAAUGGAAAUUUGCUAGCUGCAUAUAUAAUUGGGUUUAUGCAUUAUAACGGAAUAAUAACAUCAAGAAAUUGCAAAUUAGCCUUAUCUUUAUUAUCUAAAGUAGCAGAAAAUAAUUCUUUUAUUAUAAAUACAACUAAUAAAAUUAUAAGAUAUACUGAAAGAGGAAGAGAUAAAGAAGCAUUAUUUUUAAUGGCCUUACUAGCAGAAACUGGAUGUUUACAAUCACAAAUUAACAUAUCAAAUAAAAUUAUUAAUUCUGAAUUUUCCUUAUUUUUACCUUCGGAUUCCAAUUCAAAAAAAAUUUAUGCUAGCAGAUAUUUAGCUAUGGCUUCUGAAAGUAAUGAUUUCAAAUCAUUAUAUACACUAGGGGAUUAUGCUUAUAAUGGUUAUGGUAUAUAUGUGCAUUUAUUACCUAAAAAUAACUUGCCUAUUGAUACUUUAUAUGAUUUAAAUAAUAAUAAAUAUUUAUACAAGAAAAAUAAAAAAAAGAAAAAAAAUGAUAAUAAUAAGAAAAUUAACACUUCAAAUAAUAAAAAUAUAUUAACAAGCUCUAACGAAAUAAUAUCUACUGAUUUCAUUGAUGAACAAGGCUUUGUUUUUAAUAACAAAUGGAGAUUUAACUAUUCGUUCAAGUUUUCCUUUAAUAAAAUUGACUACGAAUUAGCUUAUCAUCAUUAUAAAAGUAUUAUAUCAUUUUAUCCUAAUAAUAUUUAUGUUAUUCAAACUAUUUCAAGGGCUUGUUAUAAUUUAGGAUAUAUGUAUUACUAUGGUAUUGGAGUUCCAAGAAACAUUGAAAAAGCCAUGAUUUAUUUUAACUCAUCUAUUAAAGUUUAUCCAUCCUAUAAAGUACCUUCAGUUUUAUUUGUUUUAUAUAUAAAAUUUAAUAAGUAUUUAUAUAAUUUAAAAAAAAAAAUCAAAAAAUUUUUUAACUUUUUAUAA